AUGCCCACCCAUUGUGAGAACUGCAAGGAGCAAAACCCCCCAAAGAGGUGUUCAGGAUGCAAAGCCGCAUCAUACUGCUCAAAAGAAUGCCAAGAAACCCACUGGGCUAUCCAUAAGGCCAAUUGCAAAUCAUCUUCUAAAUCGGAAGCGACAAAAUCACCUCCUCUUAACCCAAACACGACUCCGAGUGGAUCAAGCCCAGGUGUUGUACAUGGGGUUAAACUCAUUGCAGAAAAUGGUCGAUAUAGACCUGGUCGAUUUGUUCCGUUCGAGUUCAAAAAGGACCACAACAUCUUCAAACGAGGAGAAAUUUGCCCAUUCACUGCGCUCUAUGGUGUUCCCAUCAUUUUGUACAGCCCUUUGGUCCACCUCGGAAAAAGUGAUGUAGAUGAUAAAGAUAAUCAGCCAGCGGUAUACCUUCGAAUACAACCGGAUAGCGGAAUUGCUCCUCCUCAGUGGCAACUAAGCUAUCUCGGUACUUGCUACGCUGUGCGACGUGAUCGACAACCUCUCACACCUCUGGACCUGGAAGCAAUGUACGCAUUUCACGAAUCAAGGCUAGACUCAGAUUAUUUUGAGUAUGCGCUUGACGGUCUCCCAUACCCAUACAAGAUCACACCCAAGUUGUUCCGUGAAUUUUCUGAGUCUUACUGGGAGCAAGAGAAAGAGUUUGGUCGCAAAGGAUUGCCAUAG